CGCCUUGGCUUCACCAAGCGCAGUCAGGCGGCUGUCCCGGCACGGUUCCCAGCUAGUUCCCCGCUACCGGGUUGCGGCGGUAAGCCGGGCGCCGCGGCUCUGCUUCCCUCGGGGAUCUGGGGACAUGGCCAGAAAGGCUCUCAAGAUUGCUUCGUGGACCAGCAUGGCUCUUGCUGCUUCUGGCAUCUACCUCUACGGUAACAAGUACUUGGACCCUAAUGACUUUGGCGCUGUCAGGGUGGGCAGAGCAGUUGCUACGACGGCUGUCAUCAGUUAUGACUACCUCACUUCCCUGAAGAGUGUCCCUUAUGGCUCAGAGGAGUACUUGCAGCUGAGAUCUAAGGUGCACCUUCGCUCUGCCAGGCGUCUCUGUGAGCUCUGCUGUGCCAACCGGGGCACCUUCAUCAAGGUGGGCCAGCACCUGGGGGCUCUGGACUAUCUGUUGCCAGAGGAGUACACCAGCACGCUGAAGGUACUGCACAGCCAGGCUCCACAGAGCAGCAUGCAAGAGAUCCGCCAGGUCAUCCGAGAGGAUCUGGGCAAGGAGAUCCAUGAUUUGUUCCAGAGCUUCGAUGACACCCCUCUGGGGACUGCCUCCCUCGCCCAGGUCCACAAGGCAGUGCUGCAUGAUGGGCGGACGGUGGCCGUGAAGGUCCAGCACCCAAAGGUGCGGGCUCAGAGCUCGAAGGACAUUCUCCUGAUGGAGGUGCUCGUUCUGGCUGUGAAGCAGCUAUUCCCAGAGUUUGAGUUUAUGUGGCUUGUGGAUGAAGCCAAGAAGAACCUGCCUUUGGAGCUGGAUUUCCUGAAUGAAGGGAGGAAUGCUGAGAAGGUGUCCCAGAUGCUCAAGCAUUUUGACUUCUUGAAGGUCCCCCGAAUCCACUGGGACCUGUCCACGGAACGGGUCCUCCUGAUGGAGUUUGUGGACGGCGGGCAGGUCAAUGACAGAGACUACAUGGAGAAGAACAAGAUUGACGUCAAUGAGGUGAGGUCAAGAGCUCAGGGCUGCUGUGCCAGGGAACAUGGGCUUGGUCAAGGCUGCCCAGGAAGUGCCUGUGUGUCCAGGAGCAGUGAAAAGGUCUCACAUUUGCUUUCAGCAAAUGUUUUAUUGAGCAGCUACCAUGUGCAAGCACUGAGUGCACUUGCUAUAAUAGAGAUCUCACGCCACCUGGGCAAGAUGUAUAGUGAGAUGAUCUUCGUCAAUGGCUUCGUGCACUGCGAUCCCCACCCCGGCAAUGUACUGGUGCGGAAGCACCCCGGCACAGGAAAGGCGGAGAUUGUCCUGUUGGACCAUGGGCUUUACCAGGUGCUCACGGAAGAAUUCCGCCUGAAUUACUGCCACCUCUGGCAGUCUCUGAUCUGGACUGACAUGAAGAGAGUGAAGGAGUAUAGCCAGCGCCUGGGAGCCGGGGAUCUCUACCCCUUGUUUGCCUGCAUGCUGACGGCACGGUCAUGGGACUCAGUCAACAGAGGCAUCAGCCAAGCUCCCGUCACUGCCACUGAGGACUUAGAGAUUCGCAACAACGCGGCCAACUACCUCCCCCAGAUCAGCCGUCUCCUCAACCACGUGCCGCGCCAGAUGCUGCUCAUCUUGAAGACCAACGACCUGCUGCGUGGCAUUGAGGCUGCGCUGGGCACCCGCGCCAGCGCCAGCUCCUUUCUCAACAUGUCACGUUGCUGCAUCAGAGCGCUAGCUGAGCACAAGAAGAAGAAUACCUGUUCAUUCUUCAGAAGGACCCAGAUCUCUUUCAGCGAGGCCUUCAACUUAUGGCAGAUCAACCUCCAUGAGCUCAUCCUGCGUGUGAAGGGGUUGAAGCUGGCCUACCGGGUCCUGGCCCUAAUAUGCUGGCUGUUUCCUGCUCCACUCUGAGUGGAAUUGCUCUCCCUUCCCCAUUCUGGUGUCUUUCCACUCCUCAGCCCCUCAUCUUGCCUCCACCCAGCUGCUCCAUUUUUACCACAUCGUGGCCCGCAGCCCCAGAGUCACUGUCCAUGUCACCAUCCUCCUUCUUUGGAAUCCUCUGCGCACACUGUGGCCCUUGUCUCAGGGCCCACAAGCUGAACUGUGGCAUAGCUCUCUCUUCUUCUCCAAGAAGACUCAGCAGCCUACAUUCCCAUUCCUGGUAUGUGCCAUUGGGUUGGAUGUCCCCACUACUUCCGUUAACCCUUCCCAUUGUCAAGAUGUGCCACCGGUGCCACUGGGGGGCACACUGAACUUGUAGGGAGUGUGAUUUUGUUGGAGGUGAACAUGGUCUCUGAACUUGACAGAGGACACCUUCCCUUUCCUUGCCAUGUCACCCUCCAGAGGAAGUCACACCUCAGCGAGGUGGUUUGGCAUCUGGGGCCGACUCCAUUACAGCCAUGAGCUCACUGCUGUCAGUGACCUUUGGUGUUUUCUGUACUGUGUUUCAAUAAAAACUCCUUCAAGGUU